CACAGUAGCAAAAGGCAUCAUGGCUAAGCUAUGGUGCUUUUUGUGCAUAGUUACAUUCUUUCAACUUCCAAAAAAUGUUAUUUCAAAACGGGAACUAGUCCCAACACCACCAUUGCCAAUCCUACCACUCCCAUCAUUUUCCCAAUUGAAAUGGCAACAGAGGGAGCUCAUCAUGUUCCUCCACUUCGGGGUUAAUACUUUCACAGACUCCGAGUGGGGCACUGGCCAUGAGAAUCCGGCCAUUUUUAACCCGGUUGGGCUGGACGCCAACCAAUGGGUCGAUACAGCAGCUGCAGCAGGAGUCUCUCUGAUGAUACUAACUGCAAAACACCACGACGGGUUCUGCUUGUGGCCAAGUAAAUACACUCACCAUUCUGUGGCUAGUAGUCCAUGGAAGAACGGCCAUGGAGAUGUCGUCCGAGAAUUAGUGAAUGCAGCCAAGAAUCAUGGUGGGGUUGACGUGGGAUUGUAUCUAUCUCCGUGGGAUCGACACGAUAGAAGAUAUGGACAUGAUUUGCCAUACAACGAGUACUACUUGGCUCAGUUGCAAGAGCUGCUAAACAAGUAUGGGAAUGUGAAAGAGAUCUGGUUUGAUGGAGCUAAGGGUUCAAAUGCGCCAAAUAUGUCAUAUUAUUUCUCAGAUUGGUUUGCAAUGGUGAAAGAGUUUCAGAGUUCCAUCAAUAUAUUCUCUGAUGCAGGUCCUGAUGUCAGAUGGGUUGGAAAUGAAAAUGGAUUUGCGGGAACUACAUCCUGGUCCACCAUUAAUCGGACUUCUCUUUCAAUCGGGAAUGGUAGUAUUGUUGAUUAUCUAAACACCGGUGAUCCAAAAGGGACAGAUUGGCUACCAGCAGAGUGUGAUGUUUCCAUCAGAAAGGGAUGGUUUUGGCAUAAAUCCGAGUCACCCAAGAAGCUAAGCCAGCUACUUGACAUCUACUACAAUUCUGCUGGACGAAAUUGUGUACUUUUGCUCAAUGUUCCACCCAAUUCAACUGGCCUCAUAUCUUACGCUGAUGUUCAAAGAUUGAAGCAAUUUAAAGAAGCAAUUGACACAAUUUUUGCUUCCAAUUUGGCAGAGAAAUGCUUGAUAAAAGUUAGUAGCCAGAGAGGAGGUAAAGAUGGUGGUUUUGGAGCAGAAAAUGUGAUAGACAGUGACCAUUUGUGGACAUAUUGGGUUCCAAGAGAUGAAGAAAAAGAGGGUAGUUGGAUUGAAAUUCGAUGCAAUGAAAGUAUAAGGUUUAACGUCAUUAGGAUUCAAGAAGCAAUUGCUCUUGGUCAGAGGAUCAAACGGCAUGAAAUUAAUGUAGAUGGAAAGAAGGUUGCAAAAGGGACUACAGUGGGGUACAAGAGGCUCCAUAAGCUUGAAAAGAAACAAGUUGUUUAUGGCAAAAUUGUGAGGAUUAAGUUUUUGGAGUCAAGAGGAGUGCCAUUGAUUUCUUCCAUUGGUUUGCACUAUGACCCUUUUUAGCUUUUAGAACACAAAAUAUGCAAUAAUUUCAGUGAUAAAUAAUGGCCUUAAGGCUUCAUCUAAUUUCAGUGAUAAAUAAUGCCCUUAAGGCUUCAUCUC